CAGUUUUUGGGAGCCGAAAUAUUUGCGAAAUAAAACACUUGAGUACUGGAUCGGUUUACUCAGAACGCGUGAUAGACUAAACAUAUGCAUUUGGAACUAUCGUCAUGUUCCAUUAUAAAUAAGGAAUUAUUUAAAAAUAGUUAUAGAAUAAGUUAUUAUAAUAUUAAUAAAUAUUCAUGUAUGAUAUCAUAAAACCAAUACAGCGACUAUAAACACUAUGGAACAUAACUUGUACUGCUAGUUAAAGCCAGGGUCGAAGAUAGACUGACGCUAUAGUUACAUAUUUCUAAACGAGAUUAAAGAAACGUGCCUGGAUAAUGUCUUUUGUGUCGAAGGUAGUGUUAGCAUCGUGUUGCAUAGCUUCUGUAGGCAUUAUCGGCUAUGUUCAUUAUAAACAACAAUACGAUAGAGAUCAACUUCGUCAGGGUGUCAUACGCGAUAUCGAGAGGCAACAACGUCAGAAAAUUCAAAAUAUUUAUGAACUUCGACAGCAAGAGGAAUUGACGAAGAAACUUAGAAAACAAGAAAUGAAUACAGAAACCACAUGAAAAUGAAGUCGUUUUUUUGCAUAAGCAAUUUUGUAAAUACGUUAUAUGCAUGUAGUGUAUGAUUUAUGUUCGAAUAGAUAUUGGUUUAUGGUUUUAUAAAAAAGAAGUCAGAGAUUGGUGCUAUUGAAAAAGUUACAAACAUGACUAAAAAAUUGA